CUCAACAUUCUUGUGUUAACUCAACAUUCUCAUUAACUCAACAUUCUUGUGUUAGCCUAAACAGUGAAGAAAUUAAGCUUUAGGUUUCAUCGUCACUGCUAAUUACCGUCAAUCACAGCAUCCAGCACCAAAAGCUUCGUUUACAUCGGUUCCCACUGGGCGUGAAAUCUGCAUAAUUUUUUUUUUAUGCGCAGGUGCUGAAUACUUCCAGCGAGACCCCAGAAUGCGCAAUAAUUGUGCUUUUCACCGAUGGCAUGGAGAAUGAGUACCCCUCCAUAGAAGACGUCUGGGCGCAGCUGUUGGCGUCAAAGGUCCAAGUUGUGACUAUGGCUAUGGGUGAUAGUGCCGAAGAUAGGCUUGAGAAACUGGCUGCAGAGACGAAAGGGCAAAGCUACUUUUUUCCUGAUCUCCUUGAAAACGAAGUGGGAAGCGACAUUGAAGACGCCAACAGUCAGGCGCACGAGCGCACACAUCAUCAGUCGGUGCUUAUUACUCCCAAUGAAACUGCGAAAUGUAAAACCAGCGAAUCGGUGGUCGACGGCGAGGGUACCACGGCCCCCUCCCACCAUGAAUUUUCGCCACAAAUAGCAGCAGUCAAAGCGGGUGCGGAAAUAUUCCAGUCUGCUAAUGACGAGUGCGUUCAAAGCGAAGGAUACAAUGCCGCAUUGGACCUAAAGACCGUCAUCGUCGAUACCUUCGACCGCCAGACGAAGCGCUCCCACAAACCCAUGGUUGUAAGUACAGGUUUUCUAACACACAACUAA